GUACAACUUUUUGGAUAUUUUUUUCCUUUUAGCCUCUUCCCAAAACAUCGCCUCUGUUUCUAUCCAUCUAAACUUUUCCAUUUAACCAGUAUUCAUUGUUGUCUUAAACCAUGUUCAAGUUUCAAAACUGCUGCAAACCCAGAAAAUCUAAGCCAGAUAUAAAGAAGAUUGCGGCAGAAAAAGGACUGAAGGAAUUUAGUUUGAAGACCCUUUCUUCUGCAACAGAAGAUUUUCAUGACAAAAACAAGCUUGGCGAAGGCGGUUUUGGUUGUGUGUUCAAGGGAAAGUUGACUGAUGGGACAGAGAUCGCAGUGAAGAAACCAUUGCAGAACUCGGAGGAACUUGUCGCGAAGGAGAUGGAACUGCUGCUGGAGUCUUCACACCACCGAAAUAUUGUUAAGCUUCUGGGAUUUUGUUCAGAGGGUAAAGAGAAGCUGCUUGUAUUUGAGUUUGCAAGUAAUGGCAGCCUCCUUGACCUUGCUUUUAAGACUGGCAGAGCAGACGCGCUUAACUGGGAGCGAACAUAUGACAUAAUCGUAGGUGUUGCCCAGGGCUUGUUUUACCUUCAUGAACAAUCGAAUAGUGUAAUUAUCCACCUUGACAUCAAACAUGAAAACAUCCUACUAGAUAAAAAUUGGGUUCCCAAAAUUGCUGAUUUUGGCGCAGCCAGCCUCAUCCCUCAAGGUCAAACUCAAAUUCGUGUUGAGAUCAGUCAAGUUAUCGCUACCCGUGGGUAUUCAGCUUACGAGUACUUGGAAUAUGGACUCGUCUCUCCGAAGGCGGACAUAUACAGCUUCGGGGUAGUGGUUUUGGAGCUGAUAAGCGGUAAGAAGUAUUGGAACUCCAAUCCUCAGUCUUCCAAUGAUCAAGGUCUACGGGAUGAGGCAAUUAAACUCUACGAGGAAGAAAAUGUGUUACAGUUUGUAGACCAGAAAUUGAUAUCAUCGGUUGUCCUUGAUCAAGUACAAUUGUGUGUAAAGAUUGGGGUGAUGUGCACACGACAUCUUCCAACAGAACGACCCACCAUGGGCGGCGUGCACUUAAUGCUGUUAAACAACCUUAGCAGCAGCAGCAGCACCCUAGUUGAAGAACCAAUGAGUGAUGGAGCAUCAUCAUCCACAGCUAGAAAUUCUGACAUUCACUUGGAGAACAAGGGCCAACACAAACACAGACGACGAAGCCGUAGUCGACGAAUCCAACCAGAGGACUUGCAAUCCAACCCAAGCUCCUCAUGUAGUAGUGGCAACGGUAUUCAGAUUGAGUCUGAAGAACGUCCUGUACUAGCUGCCGUACAAGAAGUAGCAGCAGCAGCAGAAGAUGAAGAAGGCAUACCCAUUCCAAUGAUUACCAAGGAGGAUCCAAUUGAGACUGGGAAGCUGUCCCUAAAAGACACAGCCAGACAAUCAAGGGAGAAGACUCCUCUCCCACCUGCUCAUAUGACCAAGCAAACAAAGGAAGCAGCGAAGAAGGUGGCCAAACAGAAACAGAUGGUGGAGGAGGAGCCUGAUAAAAAACACCCCACCACCUUAAAUGAUACUGAAAAGCGGCCAUUAAAUUCGACUCCAGAAGACAAGGUGAUUAUGCCAGAAAUUAAGGUGGACAAAGAAAGGCUGGCUGCUGAUGAUGCUAAGGAGGACUUCUGGCAGGCUAUUACCAAGCUGAAAUGCUUGGAAACCAGUUUCAAGAAGAGCUUGAAUGAUGAAGGAAACAAAUCCUCCCAGUGUAAGGAAGGCUUCUUUGAGGAAGGUGAGGAGGGGAAAUACAAGGAUCAACUGACCAACCCACAAGAUGCCAUCCUCACGAACAAUUGGGAAGGUAUUUCGAGGAAGGUUGGUGUGGCAGAGGACUCUCUUCUCUUCUCCGAAGUCCCACACCCUGGCCUUGUUGAGCAGCAGGCCCCCACCGCUGAAGAAGCUGUUGACGACGGUGACCAUGGUGGAGAAAGUGUUGCAGACUCCAAUGGAUAGCAAGAGGCUGUUAAGAGGAAAACUUUACUAAUAAUGGUGCAUGUUCUGUGACUAAGACACAUUUUUUCUUUUUGAAUAAUACUCCCAAUUUAUCCACAACAAUAUGGUAUGUUACAUGUCAACUUUUGAUUUAUCACAAACUCAACCAUUGCCAUGUCAUUGUGGAUAAAUUGUGAAUUCUAAAUUGUAAGUCUCACAUUUCUUUUGUACUGAAUCUUAUUAGUGGUUUUAACAAUAGCUCGUUUAGUACUUAAAAAGCUAA